AUGAUGAACUUGAAAACAUUCGGAAGGGAUAUGCAUUUCAAGCAUCAAGCUUUGAAUAAAAUUACAAUUCAUAAAACAAAAGCCCAUGAAAUAAUUUUUUGUUAUCAGAACUCACAACGAGCUUUUUCAUUAGUCACGUCUUUUGUUUGUUUUUCAGUUCCGUGCAUGCCAAAUCCUACGUAG